ACCCCACCCCCUCCCUACCCUCGCACGCACGCGACCUCACUGCCGAUGCGGCGGUGCUAGGGUUUGCGCCGCCCUCCUAUCCGCACCUCCUCCGGCGCCCGCCUCCCAAAAUUACCGCCGCUGCCGCCUGAUUCACCCCCCCCCCCCCCCCCGCAAGCCCUCCCGCGCGAGCUUCUUCCCCACCAGCGGCGACGACGGGCGGGAGACGUCGUCAUCCAUCCGGCGCGAUCUUCUCCUCCUCUACCUACCCUUCGCACCCGCGUCGACGGAUCCCGGCAGCUCCUCCUUCACGCCUCCUCUGCAACCCCUCGCGGACAGGGGCCCGAGGUCUCCCCUGCUUUCCUUCCAAGGUUUUUUAGAAGAAAAGAGAAAAAUCAUACAUGGAUAUCAUGCAGACAAGUGACUCUUCACAUCAUGGAAUUGUAGAGAACAGCCCUUAUAAAAUUCCCUAUGAUAGACAUGUGGAAGGUGGCCAACUUGGUGCUUCCUGGUAUUUUAGUAGAAAAGAGAUAGAGGAGAAUUCCCUUUCAAGGAGAGAUGGUAUUGAUUUGAAGAAGGAGUCGUACCUUCGCAAGUCAUACUGCACUUUCCUUCAGGAUUUCGGGAUGAGGCUUAAAGUGCCCCAAGUAACAAUUGCUACAGCUAUAGUAUUCUGCCAUCGUUUUUUCCUUCGCCAAUCUCAUGCCAAGAAUGAUAGACAGAUAAUAGCCACAGUUUGCAUGUUCUUGGCGGGUAAAGUUGAAGAAACACCCAGACCCCUGAAGGAUGUUGUACUCAUCUCUUAUGAGAUCAUCCACAAAAAAGAUCCUGCUGCGAUUGCUCGAAUUAAGCAGAAGGAAGUGUAUGAGCAACAGAAGGAACUUCUGUUGAUUGGGGAGCGCCUUGUGCUUGUAACACUUGGUUUUGACAUGAAUGUGCACCACCCUUACAAGCCCUUGGUUGAAGCUAUUAAAAAAUUCAAGGUUGCUCAAAAUGCACUUGCUCAAGUUGCCUGGAAUUUUGUUAACGAUGGGCUACGCACUUCGCUUUGCCUGCAAUUUAAGCCCCAUCAUAUUGCGGCCGGCGCAAUCUUCCUUGCUGCAAAGUUCCUCAAAGUCAAGCUUCCAGCAGAUGGCGAGAAGGUCUGGUGGCAAGAGUUUGAUGUAACCCCGCGGCAGUUGGAAGAGGUUAGCAACCAAAUGUUGGAGCUCUACGAGCAGAACCGUGUUGGGCCACCACCAUCACAAGGGAAUGAAACCGAAGGGAGCUCUGCAAGUGUGCGUGCUCCUGUGAAAGAGGAGCCUCUUGCCAAUGAAUCUCAUCAAGCGCCUAGACAGUCGAGCAUACCAGGCCACCAUGGAUAUGACCACCCUCAUCCUGAAAAGCAAAACUCAAACCAGCGAGUACCCAAGAUCGAAGCAAGGGAUAGUUCUGCUAAUAGCAAUGAAGGUACCAAUAUGUCAUCGUCAAUGAUGGAUGCGAUGAAAAAAAUAGAUAAGGAUAAGGUGAAAGCUGCGCUGGAGAAACGGAGGAAAUCAAAAGGUGAUGCUGGUAGAAAGGUUGAUGUCAUGGAUGAUGAUGACCUAAUUGAGAGGGAACUGGAGCAUGGUGUAGAAUUGGCUGCCGAGGAUGAGAAAAAGCCCGACAGAAGGCAGAGCUGGCCCCAUCCUGCGCACCGCGAGGAUCACCAGAACACGGCCCGCAAGGUGGAGAAUACCGAAGAGGGCGAGCUGUCCAUGGACAGCCACGAAUACCGUUCUCCUGACCCUGACAACCGGAAGAGGAAGGACGCGCACGAGCACAGGGGUUACGACCGUGGCGGCGAUAGAGAUGUCAAGAGGCUGAGGUCAUGAGAUCAAGUAUUCAUUGUUGUUGCCCUGGUGACGAACUGACAACUGGUGUUUUGAGCGCCAGUGCGUGGAACCUGGUAUUUUCCUUCGCUGGAGCACUCAGAUGCUUGUUUGCCUAUGUUGAAAUUUGAACCUUAUGUACUUUAAUCUGAAAAAAAUGGUUUCCCCCCAGAGGAGUGUGUACAUUGUUGAGGCGAUAAAUGUUAUGGGACAUUGAUCAGCAGUUUCGUGCUGGGAAACGAUAUGAAUUAGCCUGCACCCGAGUGCUGUAUAAACUAA